CCGGGUUGCCUUUCCUCAUCAUUGAAACGAGCACAAUCCAGCCCUACCAGCGGGGCUUCUACUGUGACGACGACAGCAUCAGGUACCCGCUGAAGACGAUGGAGACAAUCAACGACGCAGUGCUAUGUGCUGCGGGCAUCCUCAUUACUAUCCUCGCUAUUAUAACGGGAGAGCUCUACCGCAUCCACUACCUGAAGGAGAAGUCACGCUCCUUUAUCCAGAACCCCUACGUGGCUGCUCUCUACAAGCAAGUGGGCUGCUUCGUUUUCGGCUGCGCCAUCAGCCAGUCCUUCACAGACAUUGCCAAAGUGUCCGUCGGGCGCUUGCGGCCGCAUUUCCUGGAAGUUUGCGAUUUGGAUUUCUCCACCAUCAACUGCGCUAAGGGAGUUUACAUCCAAAACUACACCUGCAGGGGAAGCGACAGCAAGGUCCAGGAAGCCAGGAAAUCCUUCUUCUCUGGGCACGCGUCCUUCUCCCUCUACACCAUGCUGUAUUUGGUGUUUUAUCUGCAGGCCAGAUUCACGUGGAAGGGAGCCCGCCUGCUCCGUCCCCUCCUCCAGUUCACCCUCAUCAUGAUGGCGUUUUAUACCGGCCUGUCCCGCGUGUCGGACCACAAGCAUCACCCCACCGACGUGUUUUACGUCUCAGAUCUCUUCAAGCCCAAGACAAAGACUUGCCUGCCUCCACCACCCAUCCGGAAGGAGAUCCUUUCACCUGUGGACAUCAUUGAGCGAAAUAACCAUCACAACAUGGUGUAGACCUUUGAGAAAUCGGAUGGGUGUUGUAUUUUAUUUUAAAUUUUUUUUUUUUUUUUUUUGCAAAAAAUGACUGCUGACAGCAACUACCUGCUGCUCUCAAAUCUCAUCAGACAGUAGAAUGUAGGGAGAGACUUUCUUGCCCGACCAGUAAAGUCUUACUCUGUGGUCUUUUCAACUUGCGACAUUUGGAUGAGAGGGGUGGUGGUCAACUAAGUCAAAAGCGACAGUGAGAAAGAAAAAAAAUAAAAACAAAAAACAAAACACGAAAUUCAAAAGCCGAACAAACAAAGAGAGGUGCCGGAGUUCUGGAUGUGCAAUUGGUUUGAGUGUUCAUGUUGUAGUGAACGCCAAAUUAUUCAUAGGCUAAUGAACACUAAGGGAUUUUUGGAAAGCUGGCCAUCUUAGGUUUUAUUUACUAUGAAGAUUUCCAAUGCCUGCGAGAAAAACCAACUCACAACUAAAUUGUAUAGCACUAUAUACGAGAAACAGCACUGAGUCAAGAUCUGGGAUUGGUUUGUAAGAGUUGCUUUUUUCUCUUUUUGAUACUAGUUUAUUUUUGCCUCCUCUAUUCCAUACUGUGACUUAGUUUAGAAGAAGCUUGCCCAGUCUAAAGAUCUCCGAAGGGUCUCUGUUCACACUACACGCCUUUA